AUGAACAAUCAGUCAAAGGAAAUAGAGUUCAUCCUACUGGGGCUGACAGAUGACCCUGUGCUCCAGAUUGUGGUUUUCCUGUUCCUGUGUUUCAAUUACAUCUUGAGCCUGACGGGGAACUUAGUCAUCAUCCUCCUCACCCUGCUGCAUCCCCGCCUCAAGACUCCCAUGUAUUUCUUCCUGCGCAAUUUCUCCUUCCUAGAAAUUUCCUUUACAACAGUCUGCAUUCCACGGUUCCUGAUAAGCAUUCUAACUGGAGACAAAACAAUUUCCUAUAAUAGUUGUAUAACUCAAUUGUUCUUCUUCUUUUUAAUAGGAAGUACAGAGUUUUACCUCCUGGCUGCCAUGUCCUAUGAUCGCUAUGUUGCCAUCUGUAAACCACUGCAUUACCCACUCAUCAUGAACAGUAAAGUGUGCUACCAACUUGUCCUCGGCUCCUGGGUCACUGGAUUCCUUAUCAUCUUCCCUCCUUUAGUCCUGGGACUCCAGCUAGAUUUCUGUGCUUCCAAAACCAUUGAUCACUUCCUAUGUGACACCGCUCCCAUCCUGCAACUCUCAUGCACAGAUACACGUGUCAUAGAACUGAUGGCUUUUGUCUUAGCUGUUGUGACACUUGUCAUCACACUGUUGUUAGUGGUCCUCUCCUACACAUUCAUCAUCAAAACCAUCCUCAAAUUCCCUUCUGCUCAACAAAGGACAAAGGCUUUUUCCACCUGUUCCUCACACAUGGUGGUCAUCUCUAUUACUUAUGGGAGCUGUAUCUUUAUGUACCUGAAGACAUCAGCAAAGGAAAGGGUAACUUUAACUAAAGGUGUAGCUGUGCUUAAUACUUCCAUUGCCCCUUUACUGAACCCCUUCAUUUACACCCUAAGGAACCAGCAGGUGAAAGGAGCUUUUAGGGAUAUUCUUCAAAAAUUCUGUAAUGUUCAAAAUAAUGCGACAAAAUCUGAAUAUAAAUAA